GAUCGACUGAAAAAUUUAGUUUCUAGAUCUAGAUCUAGAUCUAGAUUAGUUAGAUCUAGAUAUUCCACAUCAUAAAACUGGAUGUGGUAUGUAUGCAUCUUUCCAGAAUCUCAGAACUGCAUACCUUUUACAAACAUUGAAAUUAUUUAAUCCAGUCAAAUCUGCACUAUCAUUUAGAAGCAUGUCAGACCCAGUUGAAGCAGGGAAAGUUGCUGCUGCUUAUAAAUCUGUUGAUGACUACAUUAAGCACCAUCAAGUUGUCGGAAUCGGCAGCGGUUCAACCAUAGUUUAUGCAGUUCAUCGGAUAGCUGAAAGAAACAAGCUAGAAAAGCUGAAUCUUAUUUGUAUCCCAACCUCAUUUCAGGCCCGUCAGUUGAUCAAUGAUCACGGAUUAACUUUGGGCAGUCUUGAAAAUACACCAGAGAUUGACAUAGCAAUUGAUGGAGCUGAUGAAGUUGAUAACAAGAUGAACUUAAUUAAAGGCGGGGGUGGUUGUUUGUUGCAGGAGAAGGUUAUUGCCUCCUGUGCUAAACAGUUCAUUGUCAUAGCUGAUUCUAGAAAAAACUCUCAGUCUCUUGGUACCACUUGGAAGAAAGGUCUGCCUAUUGAAGUCCUACCUAUGGCUUACAAACCUGUGCAGUUAAAAAUCGUGCAUCUUCUAGGAGGGAAAGCAGUGUUGAGAAUGGCUGUGAAUAAAGCAGGUCCAGUUGUUACGGACAAUGGCAAUUUUUUGAUUGAUUGGUUAUUUGAGGGGGAUCAGAACUGGGAAGAGGUAAAUAAAGUUUUGUUAAAUAUUGCAGGGGUUAUUGACACUGGGUUAUUUUUAGAUAUGGCAGAUGCUGUUUACUUUGGGACUCCUGAGGGUCAAGUUGAUGUGAGAAAGAGGUCAGCUUAAGCAAAAUCCUAUAGACUUUGUAUAAUAAUCAGUAAUAAAAUUUUGUAUAGUUA